AUGGAGCAGCCCGACUCCAGCAUCCCGGAUAUCAGGAGUAAAGUGCAGCUGCAUGGCGUGCUGUGGAAAAGAGCCUCCGGAAGACCAUCAGCCAAAUGGGCUCGGAGAUUCUUUAUUAUCAAAGACAGCUUUCUGCUCUACUAUGCUGAGAGCGAGAAAAGAAACUUUGAAGCUAACAGAUACUUCAACAUCCAUCCAAAGGGAGUUAUUCCUCUCGGUGGAUGUGUGGUUGAGCCUAAGGAGGAUCAGGGCAUGCCUUUUACCAUGGUUAUAAAUCAUGAGGAAUUUAAUGGGGAUAUAGUGUUAGCAGCUGAUUCCGAGUCAGAGCAAAGCCAGUGGCUGGAGAUGCUGGAGGAAUCAGGCAAAGUCACCUGGAAGAACGCCCAGCUGGGAGAGGCUAUGAUUGAGAGUCUAGAGGCCCAGGGACUGCAGUUGGCCAAAGAGAAACAGGAGUACCUGGAUAAACUGAUGGUCGAGACUGAGGAACUGAGCUUACAGAGAGAACAGAAGGCGGAACUGGAGCGGCUGAAUCAGGUGCUGGAGAAAGAGAAGCAGAGGUUUGAGGAGGUCCUGGUGGAGCUUCGAGCUGAGCAGGAGCAGAUCAAGCGGGAUUUGGAUGGAACAGCUCGGUCACUGAAAGGAGUCGAGUCUGAGAAAGAGGAGCUUAACCAUCUGACCGUUCGGCUCCAGCGGUCUCUAGAGGAGCUCUCUAAGGAAAAACAGCGUACACUGGACAUGCUCCGAGAGAAAGAGGUGGGCAGAAUUGAUUCGACGGACCAGGCUUCUGCUCCAGACCCUAAACACCCAAAACCACAGGAGCAGCUACAGGGCAACCUGAGAAACAUCGAAGAGCACAUGUCAUGUCUACUCUGUGAAAAGAAGCAGGCAGAAGAGAGGCUGAGACAGAAUGAGCAGCGAGCUCAUGUACUGCAGGAGGAGAGAGAGUUUUACUCGAGUCAGGCUCAAGCACUUCAGCAGUCCCUCAGUCAGCUAACAGCUGAUAAACAGCAGGCUGAAGCUGAGCUCAAGGCUGAAAUGGAAUCCAGGGCAGAGUUAGAACGCAGGUUGCAGAUGGCAGAGGAGGCCCUAAAGAACCUGGAACAGGGGUUGAACUGUUUGGAGCGCAGCCGAGAAAGAGAUGAGAGGAUGAUAGGAGAAGUCAGCCACCUUCGUAAGUUCUUUGAGGAGUGUAUAUGUGCUGCAGAGAUCGAAGCCAAGCUUCCUGCCAUCAUGAAGAACUCUGUGUACUUGCAUAAAGCUGCCGCUCGCCGAAUUAAGAGCUGUCGCAUCCAGAGACAUGCUUCCAGGCAACAGUGGCGGAAACAAUCACAGUCUUUUGCUGGACCACAUGGUGAGACUUCCAGUCUGGAGGACCUAAAAGAGGCCACUCAGCAUCCAACCUCGGACAGUUGCUUUAGACAGCAAAGCAAAGGAUAUAAGGCUCUCAGCCAACAAAACACAGUGCAAUCUGAUGACUGAGAUCAGUGCAAGGAACCGACGCCAAUCUGGUCUGAUUACUGAUGUCUAAAUGAAUAAAGAUUUGCACACAGUUUUGGAUGUAAAUUUGUAAAUGGAUGAACAGGUUCUUGCUUUUUCGACUAAUACCAAAUUUUACCUGAUCAAAACACACUUAGUCCCCGUUUCAAGUCAAGUCAAGAGGCUUUUAUUGCUUUUAUUGUUUUAUUGGCUUUUAUUGGCUUGUUUGCUGUUAUAAUAACCUCCAAUCUUCUGGAAGGAUGUUUCACUAAGAGUCCUGGGGUGUAUUCAGCAUUCCAAUUCAUACCAAAGAUGUUCAACCUUUAAAUACGAUAUCUUCAUGGAGCUAGCUUUGUGCACAGGGGCAUUGUCAUGCUGGAAGAGGUUUGGGUCUCCUAGAUGAAGUGAAAGGAAAAAGUAAUACUAAUGCUAUACAACUGUGUGCCUUUAGCUUUGCGGCAAUAGUUUGGGAGCAGAACCACAUAUGUAUCCAAAUUUGUUUGUCCAUAUAUAUAUAUA